UAAGGAAAUGCUUUGGACGUAAUUUUUCGAGUAUAAAUAUGAGUGCCUUUGCUGCUGGCAAUUCAGUACGACAAGCGACACGCUGCUGAGUGGACGCAUCUAGCGCUUGAAGGCGAAGGAAAGAGAAAGUGUGUUUCAAUUUUUUGUGUAUUUUCAAGCGUAGAAAAAUACGAAAUUUUUUACGACAAAUAUUUUUUUGAGUGUUUGAACAUUUUUUUUUCAAAAAAUUAUAAAAAAAACAACGACUGAACGAACAAUGGCCAUACCUUUCUACGAGCCACGUCAGCAGCAUACUGCAACUGAUUGCGAUCAAGUUGAUGGACAUUUUCCGCCAGCGCCACCAAGUAGCCAGUCUAUGGCAGUGCCGACGGCGAAUCUAGGCAUGCCUGUGACCAUAACUCAACUGCCGGCCAACACAAGUACAUUCUCGCCGACUGCCGUUUCGAAUGCGGCAACAGCGACGGCUACUACAAGCGUAUCCUUAACUGCGCCACAUUUUCCCGCCGCAACUACAGCUCUACUCACGAGCACAUCUGCAACAGCAGCCACGGUUGGAGCGGCGGCCACUACUUCUACCGCAACCACAUCUUCGCAUGUAGUCACAUCUUUGCCAGCUGGUUCAGCACCUUCCGUCGCUACAGCCACAUUUUCCAUUUCAUCGACCAGUCCAGCAAUUCCCACUUCCUUGCCACACAAUUCUACUUCGUCUCCGGCAGCCAACGAAACGUUUGCUUCUGCUUCUUCUUCCACACAACCUGCAGUCGUGGAGCCUCUGCCGUGGAAGCUGCUCGCUGUGGCCAUGUGCAAAGCUUUGAAGCAAUAUUAUCAACAAACUGGUUCCCGUGACGUCUUCAUCGAGAUAAUGCCGAGCGGCGUUGGUAGUGCACAAGAGCAAUCGCCUGCCGCCGGUAAUUAGAAUUUCUUACCAGACCAGAGUUACUAAAUUUCUUGGUUCCUGUUGAAAAUCAAGCGCAUUGACAGUUGGCGUCCAGUGUUUUUUGUGUGUUUGAUGCUCCAGAGAAGCGCAAUUGUGAUGAAGGAGAAAUGGCAUUUUUACAAAGAAGGAGAGGCGAACUUUUUUUAGAAGCAUUCGUUUAGCCGUCGGAAAAUGUUGAGCGUGCCAUUUUUCUUGGAAAGCUACAUAAGUGCGGUGCAGUGUGAGAAAUAAGCGUAAUUGUGAUAGCGUUUAUAAUGUAAGGCAACAAGUUUGAUUAGGUUAAACUUAAAAAUAAGAAUUGAAAUCAGUUUGUAUUUUAUGCAAAUAAUAUGCAAUUAGGUUAUUUUAAAUGCAGAAGUAAAAGUGGAAAUUCAGUAGAAACUAUUUUUAUUAAUAUUUCUUUUUGCAAUAUUUUCAAUUAUAAGAAAAAACUCAUAAUUUAAUAACUCGA